GACACCGCCCGGCUGGAUUAGGACGGGCCGUCUGUACGCAGUCGGUAGAGUGGAUGGCUGUGGAGAGCAGGCCUCACCUGGGGGAAAACAGACAACUUCUCUGACACUGAUCAUGUCAUGUAGAAACCGAAGUCACUUCUGUGUACACUCACACAGUGUCACAGCUUCUUCACGCGAGGCCGACAGCGUCUCAGCCCCGGGGCCCCUGCGGACGCUGUGGGGGCCAGGCCGGUGAGACUCCUUUCCUCCCGCCCUCGGGCUGCUCCCAGGGCCUCGCACACUCGUUUGCUCUGUCUUGCCCAGGAUUUAUAGUUGUUUUAAAUUGUUUUCUGUCGGCCUGUCUAUUAUUUUUCUUUUUCACGUUCCCCCUCCCCUUCAGUAGCCAUCAGCUCCACAUCCAUGAGCCUGCUUCUGUUUUGUUGCUUCAUCAUUGUCUUGUUUUGUUUUUUAGAUUCAACGUAUCAGGGAAAUCAUAUGGCACUUGGCUAGGUCCAUCCGUGUUAUUGAAAAUGCGCCUCUCGGAGUGCAGACUGCAGAGUGCUCCGGAAGCAGCCAAAUGUGGACAAAUCUGUGCUCACUCACCUGGCCCCUGGCUUCUUGGAAGAAACGGAAUGUUCUGGAACACGGUGGUGGUCUUAAAAAAAGGGUAACUCCCGCUGAUGGAGGAAUUUUGGGACCACGUUGGUGCACUCCAGGGACAACCUAUGAACAAAACACUCGAGACGGCAAGUGCUGGUCACCGCCGAGGAGAAAGACAGCUACACAACUUCCGUGUCCGCCCGGCGAGCUCGUCCUUGAGACGUGGUCAGACAGCACAGGCGUCUCAGGAAAGUCCUCUGGUGCUUCGUCCCUAUCUCACCAAACGCCGAUGUUCUCAGCACACGACACAGGAGCGAGGUCCUCAGAUCCCGGAACAAGCCUGGAGCGUAGAGCCCGCCUGGCAUCGCUAGCGAGUCAUCCCUGAGCAAUUCACCUCCAGGAAGGCAGUUUGCUUUGGUCCGACCCCCAGGUGGCGCCCUGAGCGUGGCCAGAGGCUCCGCCUCUCUGCCCAUAGACGCCCGGCAAGGACACCCCAGGGACGGCCACUCAGCGCGGCCACUUGAGCGGGCGCCGGAGCGCAGAGCCCGCGUAUAGGGAGCAGCCGGGCCCGGAGCAGACGCGGCUGAGGCUCGUGUUCAGAGCAGCGCGGCCUCAGGAGCUCUGGUCCUCACGCUCACCUCCGGGCUCGGAAGAGGAGAGCAGAAUGAGAGCGCCGGCCGCCCUGGGCGUCUCGCUGGCCGUGGCCUGCAGCCUCCUGUCCUUCCCCUUCCUGAGGGGCAAGGCCCUCUGGGGGAAGUCCGAGGACUCACACGCGCUCAGCGUUUUGGAGGACAGCCGGCGCCUGGAGGACGCGACCACCCACAGCACGAGGGAGAGGAACCUCAAGAAAAGAGACAUCAUUUCUCCAUCUCGGCUUCUGUCUUUUCCCAAACUCCCUGAGCCAACAAGCCAAGCUGUUUCCCGAGCGGCAGAGCUCGUGGAGACGUCCGUGUGGGCGAAGAACAGCAGGGUUUACCUGCGGCAGUCACAGCCUCCAACAGAUGCUCUGUCUGAGGAGCUGCUGAGCACCAUCGCCAACGUGUCGGGGUGCCUGCCCCACAUGCUGCCCCCGCAGUGUCCGGACACCUGCCUGGCCGACAAGUACCGGCUCAUCACGGGAGCCUGCAACAACAGAGACCAUCCCCGGUGGGGUGCCUCCAACACGGCCCUGGCCCGGUGGCUGCCGCCCGCCUACGAAGAUGGCAUCAGCGAGCCCCGAGGCUGGAACCCCCACUUCUUAUACAACGGGGUUCCCCUGCCCCCGGUCCGGGAGGUGACACGGCAGGUCCUUCACGUUGCCAACGAGGCGGUGCGGGAGGACGGCCAGUACUCGGACCUGCUGGUGGCCUGGGGGCAGUACAUCGCCCACGACGGAGACCCUCCUUCCCUGAGACGGACCAGCCCUGCUGCCUCCCCCCUGCCUCCCCUCCCCAUCCCCCCCUCAGAGACUCCCAUAUCUCCUUUCCCACAGAUCAUCACCUUGAGGGAUUACGUCCCCAAAAUCCUGGGCCCCCAGGCUUUCGGGCAGCACGUGGGCCCUUACGAGGGCUACGACUCCACCGUGGACCCCACGGUGUCCAACGUGUUCACCACGGCUGCCUUCCGCUUCGGCCACGCCACGGUCCACCCACGGGUGUGGCGGCUGGACGCCAACUUCCAGGAGCUCCUGCCCCCACUGCUGCUGCGCGACGCCUUCUUCAGCCCCUGGAGGGUCCUUAACGAAGGAGGUGUGGACCCCCUGGUGCGGGGCCUCCUGGCCAGCCAGGUCCUGACCUCCGUGCUCUGUGCAGACAUUAAUGAGUGUGAAGACGAGCGGGGGCCACCCUGCCAGCCGCCCGCCCGGUGCAGGAACACCCAGGGCAGCUUCCGAUGUGAGUGCUGGGAGCCGUACGUGCUGGGAGACGACGGGCGGGCCUGUGUAGACUCCGGGAGGCUCCCGAAGGCGUCCUUGGUGUCCAUCGCGAUGGGCGCCCUGCUGGUCUGCGUCCUGGCAGCCGCCACCUGGACGGUGAUUUGCAGGUGGUCCUCGGUGACGGAGUCUCUGUCCCCAAGUUGUGAUGAUUGUUCCUGGGAAGCCGCUCUUUGACGAUGAGGACAACUCGGCCA